AUGAAUGUCCUCACAUUUGGGAUUGAUUUCCGACCAGGAAUGCAUCCCAAAGUUGGGAAUCUAUCUCAUCGAGGAUGGCUUCAUACAGCCUCAGUUUUCCGUUGCUGGUACUACCCGACAGAAAACAAAGACGCAAAAGGGUUCGCGGACGAUUCACCCAACUUACGAAUUUUAUUAGAGUCAUUAGAAUGGGAGAUUGUAUUGGAGGAAACACCUACUAUACGCGAAUAUAGGUUACGCGCUGCGGAAUCGCUUCUUCUCACUGUCGACGAGGGUACUAGGGCCGCAAAUGUGAUGGAGCAGGGUAUGGAUAGGAUAGGCGCUAACCAACAACAUUGGAGAGGAGUGUGGCCAGGAGCACAAUAUUUAGGUGGGCCUACCAUCAGGAUAUCGCUAUCCAUUUCUAUUGUUUGCACACCGAAUUUCUUUGUGGUAAUUCUCAACUGUUUUCUGGAUAGUGUUUGUCUCGAACUGGGCGCAGGUACCGGUAUCGUUGGUUUGGCGAGGUAG